UCCCCCUCCGACGUCGCUCGUCCCAAGAAGGUGUCUUCUGUGGCCCUUACCCCUUGAGGAGCUGUAUUAUAAAGCGAUACUGUGAGAAAAGAUUUGUGUCGAAAUACCUUGCAACAAUUGGAAUUGACUAUGGAGUCACAAAGGUACAAGUCAGAGACAGAGAGAUCAAAGUUAACAUCUUUGAUAUGGCCGGACACCCCUUCUUCUACGAGGUUCGUAACGAGUUUUACAAGGACACACAGGGGGUGAUGCUGGUCUAUGAUGUUGGGCAAAAAGACUCCUUUGAUGCCCUUGACACAUGGCUGGCGGAAAUGAAGCAAGACCUUGGACCUCACGGGAACAUGGAAAACGUUGUCUUCGUAGUGUGUGCCAACAAGAUUGACUGCACCAAGCACCGCUGUGUGGAUGAAAGUGAGGGUCGUCUUUGGGCCGAAAGCAAAGGGUUCCUGUACUUUGAAACUUCAGCACAAACCGGAGAAGGAAUUAAUGAGAUGUUCCAGACCUUUUAUGCAGCCAUCGUUGACUUAUGUGAAAACGGCGGGAAACGUCCGAUCCCAAAUAGCAGUGCUAGUUUCACCAAAGAACAAGCAGACACCAUUCGCAGAAUUCGAAAUAGUAAAGACAGUUGGGACAUGUUGGGAGUCAAACCUGGAGCGUCAAGGGACGAAGUCAACAAAGCCUAUCGGAGACUGGCGGUGCUGCUCCACCCUGACAAAUGUAUGGCGCCUGGGAGUGAGGAUGCCUUCAAAGCGGUGGUGAACGCCCGGACGGCCGUCCUGAAGAACAUCAAGUAGGAAGGAGAGGAAAGGACGCGUGGGGCUCAGUACAAACAGGCUUUCCCUGGAGGUAAAACAGCCAACGUGGGUUUCCCUCCACAGAACCUCCCUGCUCGUUUCCCAUGUGUGUUGUCAGCCCUGAAUCAGUAAUCCAGGCGCCUGCUACCAUGUCACAGAGGGGGCGAAGGGACCACACGCCUGCGUCGCUCAUUGCAUAUUUCCAAGUUGAAAUCAAGUCCCCCCGUAGGCCCCUUGCUCAGGAGAGUCCAAAGGUUUCUGGAGGGGAAGGACAGGAAGACCCUUUCACCUCUUUUUUUUUUAUUAAUUCAUCAUCAGAAUUAAGACAGAAGCAGACAAUAUCGAAACCCCUGGAAGUUUGGUGUGACCUCACAAGCAAGUUGCUCCUUUUAGGAUGAGUCCUUAGGUGGUGGUGUAGCCAUCAAUCUAAAAUUAAUGAGCUCUUAGAGCCCUUUGGAAGUUUGUGAAACAGAGUGAUGCGAUUUUGAAUUAAGCAGCCCUUUUUUGACAUUUAGUCUGUUCCCUUCUCUGACCACCAGGGGGAGAGACGAGCCAGUCCUGAGGGUAAAAGCGAUGGCAGCCACACUUCUGGGUAAACUGGCUGCUGCUAGUCGGGCCCCUGGAUCUAAGGUCUCUCCCUGGCUGUGGAAAUGGGUGCUGGUUGCUGUGGGGAGCAUCAUCACCUAGGAACGAGGAACCGGCCCAAGACAAGGGCUUGAGGGCACACUGGAUGGCGCACACAUGGCCAGGGCCCCGGCAGCCUGGCUCAGGCACAUUUGAUGCCUUAAUGGAGCCCCCAUAUGAGGUUUAUGCCUUUUAUUGUUUCUGUAUUAUUUGCUGCAGACAAAUAAUGGUGGGAAAGGCAGGGGUGCUGCCCAACAAGCCAGGUCUCCUCAUCAGUGUCAGUUCCUCUCCUCUAGCCUCCUUAUUCCAUAUACUAAAUCCGCCAUCAGUUCUCUCCUCAGUCCCUGGCUUCCACCCACUGCCUCCCUACAGGCCUGGGCCUGGGCCUGAUGACCAGAGGAAGUGUGGGUCCUUUGGUGGGGGCCGGAGGAGGGAGAGAUCCUUAAGCCUGUGUGGGAGGAAUCGCCAUCAUUUUGCUUGGGUCCCAAAUUUCUGAAUAGCGAUAUUUUACACUACAGAUUAUAAAGAUUACCUUCACACAGAGAAAUCCAUUUCGCCAUAGUCUCCGGCUCAGUCUCCCAGGAUGGGUGAAGAUCAGGCCUGGCCUUUCUCUCAGGCGUCUACCCCUCUCAGGGGUGGCUCAUCGCCUGUCACUCUCAUGAGGAUGCUCAUGUUUUUAGCUGUGACCAUGCUGCACUGAUGGGGGCUUUAAGGUUCAUAGGACACUACUUUCUGUGAAUUUUACCAGCUGUCCCAUAUAGAUCGCCGGUUGGCAUGCCUGCACCUCAGGAGAAAGGCACUUCCAUUCAUUCACGCCCACUGCGUCUGGGAUUCUUGCCCUCCCA